AUGACGGUGACCGCCGGACUAUGUCUGAUCGGAACGUUCCUGUCGUCUUACAUAGAACUGGACCCGUGGACGGACCUGUGGCGGCUGUUCAUGUUCAGCGAGCGGACGAUCGAGAUAAGGGCUGACAAACAGGUGGCUAUCAUUCUGGCUGCGAUGGGUAAGUGCUGCCUCCUGGGAAUAGAACAUCCCACGUACAAGCGCGUGGCCGGCGUGACGUCUCAGCUGCUGAGCGCCAACGUUAAUGUUGACGAUAUCCGCAAGCGUCAGUGGAGUGUGGUGGUGGUGGAUAGCCCGAUGGUCAACGCGUUCGUCAUGGCGAAUGGUUUCAUUUUCGUGUACUCCGGACUGGCAGCCGUGGCCAACGACGAUCAGCUUUCGAUUAUAAUCGGCCAUGAGCUGGCGCACUGCUUGCUCCGGCACUUGAACCAUCUCAACAGCGUCAACCUAGCCGUCCACUUGAUGUGCAUGUUGCCAGUAGCCGCAGUAUUGUCAGCCACGCUGCCGUUCCCUUAUGCUCUGUUUGCGGUUGGCAUGUGUCAACUCGUCUUGUAUGUGUGUGUGGAACUUAGGACGCAGAGGGGCCACGAGGUGGAGGCCGACCGCGUCGGCUUGGAGCUGGCCGCGAACGCGUGCCUAGACGUCACCCAGGGUUACCGAUUCUGGGAAACCAUGGCUAUGAUCAACGGUCCGUCCACCCGGAAAUGGUGGCUGGAUACGCACCCGUCGGACAAGAGCCGGGCCCGACACUUGUUCAGUUUGAUACCUGCUACCAAGGAGCUCCAGAAACUGGCUGGAUGCUAG